CACACAUUCGGAGAUUAUGAAAUCCGCCCGAAGCAAGCCUCCACGGAGGCAGCCUCCCAAGAAACCUUCUAACGCUGUGCAGAAGGAUCCAGUUGGUGUUUACUGUAGGGUGCGCCCCCUGAGUUCACCUGACCAGGAGUGUUGCAUUGAAGUGAUCAAUGAGUCCACCGUUCAACUGCACCCUCCAGACGGCUGUAAAGUCAACCGAAAUGGGGAAUUUAAAGAGACUCAGUAUUCCUUUAAGCAAGUUUUUGGAACACUGAUGACCCAAAAAGAUCUUUUUGAUGUAGUUGCUAAGCCCUUAGUGGAAGAUCUUAUUCGUGGCAAAAAUGGUCUUCUCUUUACAUAUGGUGUAACAGGAAGUGGAAAGACUUACACAAUGACAGGAUCUCCUGGGCAAGGAGGACUAUUGCCUCGCUGUCUCAGCAUGAUUUUUAACAGCAUAAGCAAGUUUCAGGCCCAGAAAUAUAUUUUUAAAACGGAUGAUAAAAAUGGCAUUGAAAUUCAGAAUGAAGUGGAGGCGUUAUUGGAGCGACAGAAGAGAGAGGCUCAGGCACAAAUGGCCACCAGGACUCCUAUGAGGCAAAAGCUGGAUCCUGAAUUUGCAGACAUGAUUAACAUUGAAGACAGCUGCAAGGUGGAAGACGUAGAUGAAGACAGUGUAUAUAGUGUGUUUGUUUCCUACAUUGAAAUCUACAAUAACUACAUAUAUGAUCUUUUGGAAGAGGUACCUAUAGAUCCCAUCAAACCAAAAUGGAACACGCCGGUAAAGAAUGCAGAGUUUAUACCGCCACAGUCUAAGAUCUUGCGGGAAGACCAAAACCACAACAUGUAUGUUGCUGGGUGCACAGAAGUUGAAGUUAAAACCACAGAAGAGGCCUUUGAUGUGUUCUGGAAAGGUCAAAAGAGGAGGAGAAUUGCAAACACUCAACUGAAUCGUGAAUCUAGUCGCUCUCACAGUGUCUUCAUAAUAAAGUUAGCACAGGCCCCACUUGAUGCAGAUGGAGAUAAUGUGCUGCAGGAAAAAGAGCAGGCUACAGUAAGUCAGCUCUCUCUUGUGGACUUGGCUGGAAGUGAAAGAACAAACCGCACAAAGGCAGAGGGUAACAGACUGCGUGAAGCAGGCAACAUUAACCAGUCCCUUAUGACUUUACGAACAUGUAUAGAAAUUCUGCGAGAGAACCAGAUGUGUGGAACUAACAAGAUGGUGCCCUAUCGAGACUCCAAGUUAACACACCUGUUCAAGAACUACUUUGAUGGGGAAGGGAAAGUCCGAAUGAUAGUGUGUGUAAAUCCCAAGGCAGAGGAUCAUGAGGAGAGUCUACAAGUUAUGCGGUUUGCCGAGAUGACUCAGGAAGUAGAAGUUGCCCGACCUAUUGACAAGCCGAUUUGUGGCCUCACUCCUGGCCGCCGCUAUAGGAACCAGGCAUUCAAGGAUGAGCUUACUCGUAGGCUGGAGGAUCGUGGAGGUCCUGUAAAUGGAGAACCCGACGAACAGGGAAUAAUUGAAAUGCUCAUUCAAAACUUUCCUCCCAUUCCAUCUUGUGAGCUGCUGGAUGUCAAUGAUAAUCAGACUCUACCACAGCUAAUCGAGGCUCUAGAGAAACGGCGCAGAAUCCGUCAGAUGAUGGCUGAGGAAUUCAACAAGAACGCUCUCUCCUUCAGGGCUAUGCUGCAAGAAAUUAAUGGGGUUACGGCUGCAAAAGAGAACAUUGCUCUGGGAAGGAUGUCUGAAAAGGAAAGGACAAUAGUGUGUCAGAAAUCUGAGAUAGAGCGACUCGAGAAGAAAGUCAAAACGUUGGAAUACAAGAUUGAUAUUCUGGAGAAGACUACCACAAUAUAUGAGGGGGAAAAGCGUACAUUGCAACAAGACCUGGAGAGCCAGAACCAAAAGCUGCAGCGGCAGCUCUCUGACAAGAGGCGAUUAGAGGCACGGAUUAAUGGCAUGGUAGUUGACAAUGCUAUGAAGUGGGAGAAAGAAUGUGAGCGACGUGUGGCAGAAAAGCAGCUGGAGAUGCAGAACAAGCUGUGGGUAAAGGAUGAAAAACUAAAGCAGCUGAAAGCUAUUGUAACAGAAACUAAUGGUGGACGUCCAGAGAGACCAUCGCGUGAAAAGGACCGGGAGCGAGAACCGAAGGUUCCCAUCAGAUCCAUCUCCCCCUCACCUGUUCCUACUGUUCCCCCGGUGCACACCAGGCACCGCCGCUCUCGCUCUGCAGGGGCGGAGAAAUGGGUAGACCAUAAACCAUCUAGUAGUGUGGAGACCGAGACACUCAUGCAGCCUCAUGUCCCCAACUCCAUCAAAGUAGCUGUGGCUAGCGAAAAAGCGCUGGCAAAAUGUGACAAGUACAUGCUGACACACCAGCAGCUGGCCUCGGAUGGGGAGCUUGAAACUAAACUGAUUAAGGGUGAUGUCUUCCGGACUCGAGGUGGAGGUCAGUCUGUACAGUUCACAGACAUUGAAACACUCAGACAGGAAUCUCCUCCUGGAAGCAGCCGCAAGCGGAGAUCAUCUGAAUCUAACCAUCCUCUACAGGGAGAGAGCACAGAAUCUGAGUGGACGGAUGUAGAAACCAGAUGCUCUGUGGCCGUGGAAAUGAGAGCUGGCUCUAAUCUGGGGCCUGGGUACCAGCAUCAUGCUCUUCCCAAGCGCAGGAAACCUUGAACAAUGACUGAAAUCUGAUUUGUUGGAUCGAAAGAUUCUGG